ACUGAAGUUUGUUUUCAAACGUGAAACUUCUAAAGCAUAUAAAUAAUGUCCGAUAGCUGGGAAUCAAUGAAAGGACCAAAAGUCCUUUCAGCCGAAGAAUCUGAAAUGCUGGAAAGGCAAAAUUCAAGACUUGUCAACGAAUUCAAAGCGAAUCAACUGGAAAAGGAUGCACUUCGAAAUUGGGACCUUUUUUAUAAGCGCAACGACACCAGAUUCUUUCGCGACAGGCAUUGGACAACGCGUGAGUUUCAAGAGUUGAUUGAUGAAAAGAGCGGAGAUUCAAAGAAGAUUUUGCUCGAAGUUGGAUGUGGUGUAGGCAAUUUUUGUUGGCCGCUAAUUGAAGAUAAAUUCAAUGAAAACUAUUUCAUUUAUGCGUGCGAUUUUAGUCCGCGCGCCAUUGAAUUUGUCAAACAAAAUUCACUGUACGACGAACAAGUGAUUAAGGCAUUCCAAUGUGACAUUACAUCUGAAACUAUUUUCGAAACGAUUGAGGAAAAUUCGGUGGAUCUCAUUUCUAUGAUAUUUGUGCUAUCAGCGAUUCAUCCUGAUAAAUUCGAUGUGGCUCUUAGAUCGAUGUAUCGGCUAUUGAAACCAGGUGGAACUCUACUGUUUCGAGAUUAUGGUCUUCAUGACAUGGCACAAAUUCGAUUCAAGCCUGGAAAUAAAAUCAGCGAUAAAUUUUAUGUACGACAAGAUGGAACACGAAGCUAUUACUUUUCAACCGAAGAACUGGAACAAUUCGUUCGUAAUAUUGGAUUCGAAGUCAGUGUAAAUGAAUAUAUACAUAGAAAAACGAUAAAUAUCAAAGAAAAUAUCGAUAAAGAAAGAGUAUUCGUUCAAAGCAAAUUCAAAAAACCAAUUGCAUAGAUUUUGCUGAAUAAUUCAGCAUAACAUUUUAUUUUAAGCACCGAUAUUAACAAAUUUUGUAUAUAAAAGACAAGGAGACUAUGUAUCGAAUACAAAAAACCGUUGAUGGUAUUUAUUCAGAGUUCAACAGACAAGUUAAAAUGCAUUUAUUCCGCCCAUAAGAUUAACCGGUCGAUUUUUGUACCGUUUUGAAAUGUCUGCUUCAAUCUAAGAAUAAAGAUGAAAUAUUAAGAUUAUGCACAUUAA